GGGACCCGGCGGCGGCUCCGCGGGGCAAGUAGCGAGGCUGGCGCAGCGCCGAGGCCGCGGCCCUGGGGGCCCACAGUCUGCAUCCAAGAAUCCUCGAGUGAGUCGGCCUGAGCGUAGUCACUGCCCAACACAGACUGUAAAGAAGCUUCUGGAAGAACAGAGGCGCCGACAGCAGCAGCCAGAGUCCGCUGGGGUGCCGGGACACUUCUCCCCUCCUCUGGUCCAGCCACUGACUCCAUCUGUGAACGAGGCAGAGGCAGGCCAUACUCAUUUCCCUGCCUUCCAAGAGACUGUGGAUUCCGGACCUGGCAACCUGGCUCCCCCUUCAGGCUUUGCAGACUGGGACCCUAGCAUCCAUGCUGCCUAUGCAGACAGCUCUUUCCCGUUCUCUGCUUCUGAAGGCUUCCUGACUCCUGAUUUCUACCCACUGUCAGACUCGGGCCGGGCAGGCCCAUUUCCCCUGGUGAUGGAGGACUCUGUGGACACCCGGCUGUACCCUGAGCCUUCCCUGUCACAGGUAGGGUGCUGGAGAGUCUCUGGUCUCCCCUCAGGACCCCCACAGUUGCCUCUGCCCACGGGACCCUCCCUGGAGACUGCCCGAGCUCACGUAUUGGCUCUGGGCCCCCAACAAUUGCUGGCCCAGGAUGAGGAAGGAGACACGCUCCUGCACCUGUUUGCUGCCCGGGGACUGCGCUGGGCAGCGUAUGCUGCGGCCGAGGUGUUACAGAUGUAUCGACAGCUGGAUAUUCGUGAACAUAAAGGCAAGACACCACUCCUGGUGGCAGCUGCUGCCAACCAGCCGCUGAUUGUGGAAGACCUCCUGAGCCUGGGAGCAGAGCCUAACGCCACUGACCACCAGGGCCGUUCUGUCUUGCACGUGGCUGCCACCUAUGGACUCCCGGGUGUCCUUUCGGCUGUGUUUAAGUCUGGCAUUCAAGUGGAUCUGGAAGCCAGAGACUUCGAAGGCCUCACCCCCCUGCACACAGCCGUCCUGGCCCUCAACGCUGUUAUGCUCCCAGCUAGUAUGUGUCCGAGGAUGCAGAGUUCCCAAGCCCGAGACAGACUGACUUGUGUGCAGAUGUUACUGCAAAUGGGUGCCAGUCAUACAAGCCAGGAGAUCAAGAGCAACAAGACCAUUCUGCACUUGGCCGUACAGGCUGCCAACCCCACCCUGGUGCAGCUGCUCCUGGGACUGCCGAGGGGGGACCUGCGGGCCUUUGUUAAUAUGAAGGCCCAUGGCAACACUGCCCUCCACAUGGCAGCUGCCCUGCCCCCUGGGCCGCCCCAAGAGGCCAUUGUGCGGCACCUGUUGGCAGCCGGAGCAGACCCGACACUUCGAAACCUGGAGAAUGAGCAGCCUGUUCACUUGCUGCGACCUGGGCCGGGCCCUGAGGGGCUCCGGCAGCUGUUGAAGAGGAGCCGCACGGCACCCCCAGGCUUGUCCUCUUAGGACUGAAACCCAGAACCUGGACUGAUUUUCCAGUCCCCACCGUCCCGUGGGACAGUCAGCGUAUGCUCAUGUCGCAGAUUCAUGAUAAUAUAUGUGUAAUAUCCUGCCAUUAGGGUCUUACAUUAAAACUCCAAAGUGGCACGGGGGAGGUGAGCAGUCUCCAAUAUUUGGGGUCCGUGACACCUCCUCCCCCUACAAGGGGCUGUCUAGAUGAUUUCUGUGAAAUCGAGCCCACUUGAUUGUUUCUGUGAAACACUCUAGAGACCUUUAACUCUCUCCUACCUGGAUCAGUCAUGAUCGCCCCCCAGACUGUCUUACCCAGAAUCCCCAGUGGAGCUUCCAUGGGAUUUGAGGCAUCCGAGUACCCUCCGGUCAGGAUUCCUCCCUAGGACUCACACCCCUGAGAUGUUGGAAAGGCCCUCUGAGAUUAAUGUGCCCUGAGUCCUGGCUACAUUAUCAUUUAGAACUCAAUGUCUCUGAUGCUAGCAUUCCCCGAGAAUUGUUCCCCUUGGUCUGUGUAUCCCUGUAGCUACCAAUUAAAUUCAAUUUUGCCUCA